UCGUCCCCCCAGCCUGGAGAGCACCGCUUGCUUGAGCAACCCCAAUAAUGUUUGCAAUUUUGAUCUUGAGCUGGACUUUGCCGGCUUUCGCUCAGAUUACCGACUGCUGGUCGAGCGGCUCGACGUACGUUACUUCUCUGCCGGCAUGUAGCAAGUUUGCAAGCUCUCAUUCGAAGUGCUUUGCAAUUGGACCGGCAACAGUGGACACACCAGCUUUUAAGGACUGCAUCUGUGCUCAAAAAUUCUUCAAUCUAAUUGUCGACUGUGAGAGCGAAACUCGCGUCUGUUUGGAGUCCACAGAAGAAGACGGAGCUGCACAGCAAGCCAUUUCAAACUGGCACGCAGAGUGCGACACUUGGAUCGACUACACCGUCACCACUCCAAUAUUGUCAGCGCCGACGGUCACUCUCGCGCCGCUCGCCGAGUGUAACGCGAUUAAAACCGUAUGCAAGAGUUACGGCGAUGUCACUCAGUCCUGUAAACAAUCGUUCGGGUUCUACAACAAUCUCGCUGCUCAUCCCAAGCUGGAGAGCUGUCUCUGCAAGCCGAAGUUACUAGCGAUGGAGUCGCGCUGCAUAGUUGAUGGCGAUACCACUUGCAAAGGCAUACCGGGGCCAGCGGUCACAAAUCUAGAUCUGUGGAGGGAAUGCCCUAAAACUGCUCGGCCAACUCCUGCCCAGGUCGAAGCCAGAGCGACGGCUGCACCAAAAUAUCACGAGAAGAGGACAUGGCAGGCAUAAAGCGGGGGAUUCCCCGAAGCGGGGCUUCCUGGUCACAUCUGGGGUUGAGGUUGAAUUUCCCUUCCGGCACUGGAAAGCUUGUGCACAGACACGGUCACGCGGCUACUGGCUUCAGCCUCACCAGCUACGACUUUGAUGCUUAGUGCAAAGCAAAGAAUCAAGCCCUCUUGGCUCUAGCCGAAGACAAACCUGAGCAAUCACCGUGAUUAUUCCUUCAAGUCUAGCACACCUUGAAGCGUCGAGUUAGCAUUUCUUUUGAGGUUUCGGUCCAUUAAGCUAAUAUACAAUUGCUCUGGAUGAGUGAUGGCCACAGCCGAUGCAUACCGCUACACCGAGAG